UAUAUUUUAACAUAGCGCGUGUGAAAUAAGAAUUGAAAUUUGGAAUUUUAAAAAAAUUGGGUUUUAAUUAUAUUUACCAAAAGUAAAUGUUUCACAACCAAAAUCAAUAAUUUAUAUUUCAUAAUUCUGUAAGUGUUGAUCGUGAAAUAUAAAUAUAGUUGGAUAUUAAAUAACUGCCGAACAAAAAAGUAAUGGAUAAUAUGUCAACUCUUAACAAUAAAUGUGAAGAAAAUUCUUCACCCAAAAAUCUUGAUGUCGAAGUUGAUAAGCUAGCUGCUGAUGAAAUGACAUCGAGGGAUUAUUAUUUUGAUUCUUAUGCUCACUUUGGUAUCCAUGAAGAAAUGCUUAAAGAUGAAGUACGCACAUUAACUUAUCGUAAUGCUAUAUAUCAUAAUAAGCAUUUAUUCAAAGAUAAAGUUGUGUUAGAUGUAGGCUGUGGAACCGGUAUUUUAUCAAUGUUUGCAGCCAAAGCUGGUGCGGCGGCAGUAAUAGCUGUUGAUUGUUCCAAUAUUAUUGAUUAUGCCCGACAGGUUGUAAUUGAUAAUAGAAUGGAAAAUGUUAUUAAAAUAGUUAAAGGAAAAAUUGAAGAAAUUGAAUUACCUGAUGGUUAUGAUAAAGUUGAUAUUAUAAUAUCUGAGUGGAUGGGUUAUUGUUUGUUUUAUGAAUCAAUGUUAGACACAGUCCUCUUUGCACGUGAUAAAUGGUUGAAAUCGAACGGUAUGAUGUUUCCUGAUCGUGGGACUUUAUUUAUUACAGCUAUUGAAGAUAGGCAGUAUAAGGACGAAAAAAUUAAUUGGUGGGAUGAUGUGUAUGGGUUUAAUAUGAGUUGCAUAAGGAAAGUAGCAAUUACUGAGCCUCUUGUUGAUGUCGUUGAUGCCAAACAAGUUGUUACAACUUCUUAUAUGAUUAAAGAAGUUGAUUUAUAUACAGUUAAGAAAAAUGACUUGGAUUUUUCAUCACCGUUUCAUUUAGUUGUAAAACGAAAUGAUUUUGUUCAAGCUUUGGUUACAUAUUUUAAUAUCGAAUUUACUAAAUGUCAUAAACGUUUAGGAUUUAGUACUGCACCCGAAGCUGCCUACACUCAUUGGAAGCAAACCGUCUUUUAUUUGGAUGAUUACAUGACCGUGAAAAAGAAUGAAGAAAUAUAUGGCACAUUCAAAAUGAAACCCAAUGAACGUAAUAAUCGCGAUUUAGAUUUUCAAAUUGAAGUCUCAUUUAAAGGUGAUCUCUCUCAAGUUCACGAAAAUAAUCACUAUAGGAUGCGUUAAAAGCAUCAGACUAGAUUUAUGUAACAACCAGUGGUAUAUAAACGAAAUUUACAUAACAUAAAAUAUAAGGCAUAAACCUAUAACUACGCAUAAUAUAUAAUUGAAUUUUUAUGAUUAAGUUAGACGUAGUUACCUUUAUCAAAUAAGGGAUCUUUGUUCCUUAAAAGAAAAUAAUAUUUUUUGAAUUCAA